AUGGAUACACCAACGGCGCCCGUAUUUAAAUCAAGUUUCUCCAUACGCUCACUGCUGGCUAAAGAAACAGAGCAACAUGAGCAGCAGCAGCAGCACAACUCGAACAGCAGCUCGAAUGACUCUGGUCAUAGCUCUGAAGAUGCUGGCUCCGAUGAUGGCCACGCCCACAGCAAACAGUACGCGCUGAAGCCCGCCUUUACCUAUAGCGCACUGAUUGUCAUGGCCAUACGGCGUAGUCCGGAGAAGCGUUUGACGUUGAGCGGCAUCUGCAAAUGGAUUGCCGACACUUUUCCAUAUUAUCAGAACCACAAGAGCGUCUGGCAGAACUCCAUACGCCACAAUCUAAGCCUGAAUCCUUGCUUUGUGCGCGUGCCGCGCGCCCUGGACGAUCCUGGACGCGGCCACUACUGGGCCUUAGAUCCAUAUGCAGACGACCUGACCAUUGGCGAAACCACGGGACGCUUACGCCGCAGCAAUCAUGCAUUGCUAUCGCGCUCCAAGGCAGCCUUGAUCCAAAGCGCAGGACACUUGAAGGCGCACCCUUAUCAGCACCUCAAUGGCAAUGCAGCCAUGCUCUAUGCGCAUCUCUUCAAGCCUCAGGCGGCCUAUUUUCCUAUUGCAGCAAGUGAACAACAGCAGCCGCAACAGCCAAUCAUGCUGCAGCAAUAUGCGCAACAGAAACAGGAAGAAAGACAAUACAGCAUUGAACCCACUGUGCCCAAUGGCGACUAUGCUGUUGUUGCACGCCAGAAGUGCUUGUAA